GUUGUUUGCUCGCACGGAUGGCAGGCGGAAGCGGAAGCGCAGUGAUGUGUCGGUGAUGAUGGCGGAUAGCAGCGAUCAGUAUGAGUCGGUUCUGUGUGUGAAGUCAGAGGUCCAUGUUUACCGGAUCCCGCCCCGUAGCUCCAACCGCGGAUACCGGGCAGCGGACUGGAAGCUGGAGGAGCCGGCGUGGAGCGGACGCAUGAAAAUCACAGCUAAAGGAAAAACGGCCUUCAUUAAACUGGAGGACAGAAUCACAGGCGAGCUGUUCGCUCAGGCCCUGGUGGAUCAGUACCCAGGGAGCGUGGUGGAGUCCGUCAGUGACUCCAGCAGAUACUUCGUCAUCAAGAUCGAGGACGGAAACGGGCGUCAUGCGUUCAUCGGCAUCGGUUUCGCAGAUCGCGGCGACUCGUUUGAUUUCAACGUGGCAUUACAGGAUCAUUUUAAGUGGGUGAAACAGGAAAGUGAAUUAGCCCGACAGGAAGCGGCUCAGGUUUCAGCGCCGAAGCUGGACUUGGGUUUCAAAGAGGGUCAGACAAUCAAGAUCAACAUCGGGAACAUGAAGAAGAAAGACUCCGGCGGUGCAGCAGGGAAGUCUCGUUCGAUGAGCGGCUCUUUACUUCCUCCUCCACCUGGAGUCAAAUCCUCGGCUCUGGUUCCUCCGCCCACAGCACAGCAGACCACGCCCACUGCUCCGCCCAGCACAGGGAUGAUACUGGACUUUGGAGACUCCGCCCCCGUCCCCGCCGUAGCUCCGCCCUCUCAGGACCAGUGGGGUGAUUUCACGGCUGCAGGCUCGGGGGCCGCUCAGGACUCGCGGUCGGGAUGGGUGCAGUUCUAGCGGACGGGCGACGCGCGGACGAUGUUUUCUAUGCAAUCACGCAGCUGCACGGCUGAUAUCUGCUGCAUUCCAGCGGGUCUUGAGUUUCAGACAUGUUUCUCUUUAGUUAAUUGUCGUCAGUAUCGUCUAUCUUUAAAGCUGAAAUGUGUCAUUAUAAUGACUGUUUCUGAACAGGUUUCCUGAACACUCGUCUCAUUGGUCAGCCUCACAGUUGGCCCCGCCCCAAACAAGUUAACCGAAUCAAACAAAAGAGAGUGACAGAGUUUAGAGGAAGUUGUUGAAGUGACUUCCUCAUAGUGACUCACCAUCAGGCUUCAUUUAAACACUCAAACGAAUGACACGCUUCAGCUUUAAAGCUCUUGAAUGUGUUGAUUAGUGGAUUAAUGUCUAGGAAUCGUCUGUCGGUAAGGUUUUUUUCGUUUCUCUUAACGUGGUCUUGUGAUCUGUUACUCGAACUGCUAUUUCCACUCAGAUCAGGAUUUGAAAAGCUGGUUUUAUGUGUUUAUAAGCAGAUGAUUUUUCACACUAUAUAUUUUUAACUAACCCCAGACUUUAUUCGCUAUAUUUUUCCAGGUGAUUACAGAUUUAUUCUUGAUAUUGUCAGUAAUUAAAGUCUGAAUCUUUCCUUCAAGUGCCUUUAUGAAACACCUGUAGAAUGUACAAAUUAUGGUUUAUAUUAUUAAAUAAACCUUUUCAUUUAAUAAA